GGAGCCCCGAGACAGUCACCAUCCGCCCGCUCCGCCGGCCACUCGCUCCAACCGUUACAUUCAAAAAAAGAACCGCGUUUUUCUGCCGGCAAAAUCGCGCGUGUCAAUCUUUUUCUCGCCAGCCAGUGCGUCAAAAAAAUUGUGCCAGUUAAAUUUGAACUCGGAACGACGUUUUAGACAAAAAGGAAGUGAGCGAGGAGGCAGUAGUGUAUAAAAUGCCGAAAUCUCUCUCAUGACAUCUGCAGCGGAUUAUACUGACCGGAAGAGGAAGUAGUUCAACCGGAACUCAAGGAAAGCGCCAAGAUGGCCGACACCAAUAAUUCCUUUUCUAGGGUCUACAAUAGGCUGUUUGUGGAAUUAGCUGAUCCCAGGACCAACGACUGGUUCUUGAUCAGGAGUCCAGUCCCUGGUCUCACCAUUAUUGGAUUGUACCUGUACUUCGUACUCAAAUGGGGCCCGAGGUACAUGACGGAUAAGAAACCCUUCCAAUUACAAAAGACAUUGGUUGUGUAUAAUUUCUUCCAAGUUCUUGUUAGUUGCUGGUUGUUUUAUGAGGGUCUCGAUGCUGGAUGGCUAAGGACAUAUAGUUGGAAAUGCCAGCCUGUUGAUUUCUCAGAUACUCCUGAAGCUAUUCGAGUGGCCAGAGGGGUGUACAUUUAUUUCCUGGCGAAGAUAUCCGAGUUGCUCGACACAGUCUUCUUCGUCAUCAGAAAGAAGGAGCGCCAGAUCACAUUCCUUCACAUGUACCACCACACCGUGAUGCCGAUGAUCUCCUGGGGAGCCACCAAGUACUACCCCGGGGGCCACGGGACGCUCAUUGGGGUGAUCAACUCCUUCGUCCACAUCAUCAUGUAUACGUACUACAUGCUCGCAGCCAUGGGCCCCCGGUUCCAUCCGUAUUUGUUGUGGAAAAAACAUAUCACUACGUUGCAAAUGCUUCAGUUCUGCAUUGCAUUCCUCCACUCGUCGCAACUUCUCUUCUACGACUGCGGGUACCCGCGGUGGUCCGUCGUGUUCACGCUUCCCAACUCUAUCUUCUUCUACUACCUCUUCUACGAUUUCUACUACAAAGCCUACGGCAAACCUGGCGACAAGAAAAUUGAAAAUGGAACGGAAAAACAAGAAAAAUCCUCACAGAUUAAGGAGCAAAAUGGUAAAACUAAUCAUGUAGCGAACGGAUUGAGUAAUGGCAUCAAACGUGAUACGACAACCAAGAAAAUUGAUUGAUUUUGUAGCUAAAAGUUAUAAUUCAAUGUACCAACCUAUAAAGUAUAUUGUGAGUAUAAUAAUAUACUUACUUAGAUUAUAUUUUAUCUUCGUAAAAUCUAAUGGCAUUGUAAAUGAUGAUUGUAAAUAAAGAUACCUGUUGGUAUUUUAAAAAUAAAUAUAAUAUUUUAAAUCAGUUUAGUGUAGGCACUCAUGUUAAAUUUAGAAAGGUGUUAGUUAGUUAUUUAAUUUUAUCGAUCUACCAAUCAAUAAUUAAUGCUCAAAUAUAAGUGUUAUAAGAACGCACAUAAAGCGUACAAUUUAGAAAUGUAAAAAUAAUAAAAUUAAUGUAAAAUAUAUAAGUAUACCAAUUAUAAUAUUCUGUCAUUGGCGGUAUUCUAAAUAUAAUAUCAUCACUUGAUCUCAAUAUUUUGUGUAAAUUUCCAACAUAGUACCUAAUACUUAUUUACCUCCAUGCAACAUGCAUAAACUUAUGACAUGUAUUGUAUAAUUAUAGUGCUGGUAACCAAGAUUCAUUAAAAAAGAUUAUAAAAAUUUAAUUGGAGAUCUUGUGGUGACGUCGAAUUGAUAACAAACCACAAAAAUUGUAUUUAAGUAAGCUGUAACGUACAAAUUCAAUUUGAAACAGCAAUAAACGGUUUUGUUGA